AUGUCCAGUCCCAUCCCUCUCGACCCAAUACCAAGGGCGUCGCAAGACUCGCAUUCGACAGAUAGAGACAGAGACCACGACAGACCGCCGAGUAUCAACGAGGACCUCCCACCUCACUAUGAGCCCCCAAAAGAACAAACCCAGAUGGGAUUGCACCGCCGCUCCAUCCAGGCUCUUAUUCUAGCGCUGUUUUAUGCGGCUCUCGUGCUUGCUCCAUGGGUGAUUAUUUGCACUCGCGCGGACCGCCCCAUCACUGGGUAUUAUAGAGACUACUUGUACACAUACGAUGACGCCAAAUCGCCGUAUAGGAAAAAUGAACGCUGGUACCGCGCUGCCCGGAUCAUCCAGGUCAUCGCGAGUGUGCUCACUCUACCCCUGAUCUCCGCCAUCUGCGCCAGGGCUGCAGUCAUCUUCAUGCAGCGCCAGCAAAACCUCACAAUGCCGCAGCUCAUGACCCUGGCAGACAGGGGCUGGAUGGAUCUGGCGACAUACAGACGGAUCUAUCUUAUGCAGUGGCGUCACUACGGCAGCGCGUUCCUCCUAUUCGCACUGCUGGUCAGCCUGCUAGGGCUGAUUAUCUCGCCGAUCCAGUCCAUAUUCCUGACCACGCAGGCCGUCAAAAUCCCAACCGAACACCAGCGAGUGUCGUCUCUCUGGGACCUCCUUACCUACAUCCAAACCACCACAGCGUCAUCCAGCGAGGACAACAAUCUCGCCACAAUCAUGACCCGCGCAGCCCUAACAACCACAACCACCGACGAGCUGCAUUCCCAGCUCUGGCCCGGCGCAAACGUCUCCUGCGACCCUUCAACGUACGAAUAUUCCUAUCGACUAGACAUCUGCUCGCGCAAGGGGGCGACCUUCGAGAACAUCUCCGAAUACCCCGACCCAUUCCUCGCCCAGCUCCCAGCCAACUUCCACACGGGCCUCCUCCGCCAAUUCCUACCGCGGAUUAACUCGACAGCGCAGGUUCAGUCUAUCUCCGAAGCCGAGUUCCCUGAAAAUUGUGAUACAUUGCCAGGCGCCUUCUUCGUGGAGUAUACCAAUACAACACAGUACUCCAAUACGAUACAGACAUGGGGGUUGAAGGCCUGUAUGCCGGCGAAUGUCAUGCAGUCGCCGUGGAAGGCUACGCGUGAUCGCCAUGACUUUGUCGAAGAGCUGUUUCUUGACGUCAGGCUGGAUGAAUACAGUUCUACGGAUCCGAGUCGCGCGAUCUACAGAAUCACGCUUGCCACGACAAGUGGCUACUUCGAGCUGCCGAACUAUAUGAACGGCGGCGUUGCAGGGUUCUUGCUGGAUAAAGACCCGGAUGCGCUUUGCGAUGACUAUUGUGAGGACCAGGGGGCGUAUAUUAUGGAAUCAAGAUACAAGCGGCAGACCGAUAUAACACCGAUCCCCGGUGACAUCCAAGUCGUCAAAAACAAAGGCCCUCUACUAACAACAGCCCUGGCUCUCUUCGGCGAAGGCUCCUACAUCGAAACACGCGCCAAACACCCAGAAAUCUACAGCCCCCUCGUAACAUACAACAACAGUGCCGAAGACCGGCCCAGCAACUUCUACGCCUGCAGGGAGCUCGUCCCCCUUGGCCACCUCGUCUCCAACACACCCUCCAACAUAAACGACUGCAUCCUAGUCUCCGACGGAGACCGGCCAGACGUGCGUAAUCAAAUUGCAGACUGGCUGGAGAACUUCCUCGCGAAGCCCGAGCGGCUCGAGAACGCAUUUAACGCGGCGGCGUUCAUCGCGACGAAGAAGUGGCUUGAGAAUCCGGCUGGUUGGAUUUCGUCUUCUGCGGACCGGAGGGUUAGUUUCGAUAUAGGGGCUGAUACACAGGUCCCUGCUAUUUCGCGCGCGGGUGUUAUCGUGUGUUCGGUGCUCCUGGGGUUUAAUGUCUUGGGUGUUUUGGUGCUGGGGGUGUAUGCGGCUUGGUCGCCGAGGUGGACGAGGGUGCUUGAUUCGUUUGCCAUGAUGAGGAUUGGGGGUGCGAUCUCGCGGCAUGUGCCGCUGUUUAUGGCGUAUAGGUUGGAUCUGGUGAAGGAGCUGAGGGCGCAGCCUGGGUGGAUGGGGGACCAGAUGCCUGAGAGUGAGAGCGUUGGGAUGCUGGGGCUUGGGGGGCCGUUGCUGUUAAGGAGGGGGAGGAAGUAUGUCUCGUAUCAUAAGGAGCCAUUGCACUAGUUGUUUAUACUAGAUCAAACGGCCUGCUGUCAUUCUAUAAUAACCGACUCAGUGUGUAUCCCAUCCAGUCCGCAGAACGUAUAUUCAAUAUCCAACCUCGCCGCAGACCGUUGAAGGUC